AUGGCAGAUACCUCCAAGCCUGCGGCCAUCCCCACGGUGGACAUUAGCGCCUUCCUAGACCGCACCUCAUCCAAAGAGGCCCGGCUGGCCGUUGUCGAGGCCGUGAGCAAUGCCUGCCACACCUACGGCUUCUUCAACCUCGUCGGGCACGGCAUCCCACAUCACGCCCUAGAGGAGGCCUUGGAUGUCAACAAGAUGUUCUUUGCCCUGCCCGAGGACAAGAAGAUGGAGGUCUGGAUCAACAAAUCCGUUGGCCGUUCCUUCAGGGGCUACGAGCCGCCGGGAAUCCAGACCCACCACAAGCACCUGCUGCCGGAUACCAAGGAGACGUUCAUGGUAGGCAGAGAAGUGCCAGAAGACGACCCGGACUGCGGCACCUUCUCGACGGGCCCCAAUCUCUGGCCGUCCAGCCUGCCAAAGGAAAAGUUCCAAGACCGUGUCAUGGCGUACCAGGCCAAGAUGCUCACGCUGGUCAAGAACAUCCUUGACAUGCUUGCUCUUGGCCUGCCCAAGGAAUGGGGCUGCCCGCCCAAUGUCUUUGACUCGCUGCUGGAGAAGCCUUCGAUCCCGAUGCGCUUUUUGCAUUACGGCCCUGUGCAGGCGCAGGAUCCCCGCCAGUUUGGAGUGGCCGACCACACCGACUUUGGCUGCGUGUCCAUCAUCCUGCAGGAGCCCAACACGACGGGACUCGAAGUGUACUACCCGCCCACGGAGUCGUGGGUGCCCGUGCCCGUGGUCGAGGACGCCUUUGUGGUCAACAUGGGGGACAUGAUGCAAAAGUACACGGGCGGGUACUACCGCAGCGCCCGCCACCGCGUGCUGACCAACCGCGACAAGCACCGCUACAGUGUUGCGUUUUUUCUCAAUGGCAAUCUGAAGUUGAAUGCCAAGGCCCUUGAUGGGUCUGGAGUUGAGACGGUUGUUGGAGACCACAUUCGUGGGCGGUUGAUUGAGACAAUGGGCGCUACGGGUAAGCUGCUGCAGCGUGAGGUUGCUACGGCUUAG